AAGUUUGAGUCGAGAUAAUGAAUUUCUAACCUAUACGUUUAUCCAAAUACGUAUGGGAAUAAAAUAAACAUGGGAGUUACAGUCUUACAGCAAUAUCCUGUCCCGGAAAACAAGACAGGAACAUAUGUUAUAGAAUUGCUGUCCAAACGUCUCCUAGCUCUGGGAGCUUUACAACAAGGCCAGUUUCUGGUGGACUGCGAAAGUUAUCUGUCACCACCACAGAUGGGAACGACAAAAACUGUGCAUAUUCUCCACAACUCCGAGCAACCAGCAUCUGUAUUCUCAAUUUUGGAAAGUGGUACAAAGAACAUCCACGUAAUAGCUGAUGGCCUGUUUGACUUGCUCAUGAUGAAGUUAUCUCAACAUUACACGUCUAAGAAACAGACUAAGAUUGAAAGUAAAGGGCCUAGGUUUGAACUGGGCGACUUCUGCAUCAAAAUUGGAUCAGUCACCAUGAAUCAGAAUUUUAAAGGAAUUUUAGUUGAGAUUGAAUACAGACCCUGUGUAAUGGCAAAUGCAGUAUGGGGUCUCCUUCGGGAAUUCCUACAGGGCCUCCUGGGCCCGCCCAUUCCAGUACAACCUCCGCAACAUCUUCUUGGUAGAAUGAACGAAAUAUACACUCCUAUUGAUACAAUAUAUCAGUAUUUAGAACAUUUUAGUGCUUAUAGAAAGAUUACUGGACUUAGAGGUGCGUAAGGGUGAUAUUCAUCAUUUAAUAUAAAUGACACACCGUUUCUUAACCCUAAAGGUCGUUUUUUCUUGGGCUUAUUCUCAUAUUUGCAGAGUCCAUAGUUUAUAAGCAGACAAAUAAAAAACAAGAC